CUGAGUUACACCUCAAAAAUCAUUUGAUACAAAGCUUCAUUGACAAAAUGCUUUACAACUAAGAAAUUAGACCUCCUGUGUAACUCUAGCCAUUGUUUCUUUUUGUAUAAUUUUCUGGUAAAAAAGACAUAAUGAGAGGUAAAUUCAAUGGAAUUGUGGGACACACCAAGGGUAAAUUCAAUGGAAUUGUGGGACGCACCAAGGGUAAAUUCAAUGGAAUUGUGGGAUACACCAAGGGUAAAUUCAAUGGAAUUGUGGGACACACCAAGGGUAAAUUCAAUGGAAUUGUGGGAUACACCAAGGGUAAAUUCAAUGGAAUUGUGGGACACGCCAAGGGUAAAUUCAAUGGAAUUGUGGGACAUACCAAGGGUAAAUUCAAUGGAAUUGUGGGAUAUACCAAGGGUAAAUUCAAUGGAAUUGUGGGACACACCAAGGGUAAAUUCAAUGGAAUUGUGGGACACACCAAGGGUAAAUUCAAUGGAAUUGUGGGAUACACCAAGGGUAAAUUCAAUGGAAUUGUGGGAUACACCAAGGGUAAAUUCAAUGGAAUUGUGGGACACACCAAGGGUAAAUUCAAUGGAAUUGUGGGAUACACCAAGGGUAAAUUCAAUGGAAUUGUGGGACACACCAAGGGUAAAUUCAAUGGAAUUGUUGGAUACACCAAGGGUAAAUUCAAUGGAAUUGUGGGACACACCAAGGGUAUAUUCAAUGGAAUUGUGGGAUACACCAAGGGUAAAUUCAAUGGAAUUGUGGGAUACACCAAGGGUAAAUUCAAUGGAAUUGUUGGAUACACCAAGGGUAAAUUCAAUGGAAUUGUGGGAUACACCAAGGGUAAAUUCAAUGGAAUUGUGGGACACACCAAGGGUAUAUUCAAUGGAAUUGUGGGAUACACCAAGGGUAAAUUCAAUGGAAUUGUGGGAUACACCAAGGGUAAAUUCAAUGGAAUUGUGGGACACACCAAGGGUAAAUUCAAUGGAAUUGUUGGAUACACCAAGGGUAAAUUCAAUGGAAUUGUGGGACACGCCAAGGGUAAAUUUAAUGGAAUUGUGGGACACACCAAGGGUAAAUUCAAUGGAAUUGUGGGACACGCCAAGGGUAAAUUUAAUGGAAUUGUGGGAUACACCAAUCCUCCUUUAUCCCAGCAUUGACACAUCAAGUUCACUCUUGAUAUGGAAAUGUGAAGUCAUUCUAUCCAAAUAGAGUAAAUAAAACAGUGUGACCUUUCUACAUAGACAUAUCAUAACACUAUACGAGACUAUACGUAGACUGCAAUUCAUUUUCCUUUUCCAAGUACAAUGUCAGUGCAACAUUAUGGUAGCUAAUAUACAACCCACCUAUAUAAUUAUAUUAAAUAUAUUUCAUUAUGGCAGCUAAUAAACAACCCACCUAUAUAAUGAUCUGUUGGUUCCAUAACUGCCUUCUGCUGCAUGGCUUCCUGUUUUAGCUUGAUUCUUGUCAUUUUACGUUUUAUGUUCGCCAACACAGACUCCUCUCUCUUGUUAAUCAUCAGCACAGCUUCAAUCAGCUUCAAGUUAAUCAACUCGGCACCCCU